AUACUACGUGGUGAGUUGGAGAAAAGAAAAUGAAACCUAACAGCGUCAGCUCCUUUGUCAACAAAACUCCUUAACAAGUAGUCUGGCGUUAGUGCUUUUAGCAGAGUAGUUAUGUUGUUUCUGGGGUCAGGGUUAGAAACAGGUUCGAUGUACAAUAUUUCUCUGUUUUUAUUUUAAACACGAAAGUACUUAAUUGUGAUUUGAGUCGAGGAACUGCAGUACGCACACCGUCAGGAGAAACAUGUCUACAACAAGAAAGGAACUCCAGGAGGCCUUGUGCUGGUACACCGCAGACACCCUCAUCGACAUCGACACAGUGAAAGAAUUCUGUGAGAAGAGCCCUAAAUGGAUGCUAAAGAUGAAGAUAGAGUGGGAAAGGAUGAAUGACAUCAAAGACAGGGCUGACAAAAUUGACCUGUGCAUCGGCCAUGUUACCCAGUCAAAAAACAGAGGUACAACAUUUCUGCAAUAUCUGAAGAGCAAGGUUACCCAGGGUACUGCAGACAGCAGGCGUGCAGAGCUGGAGGAGGAGCUGGCUGCUGUACUGAAGUCCACUCUGGAAGGCCUGGAGAAGCUCAACUGCUUCCUGGAUGCGGUGGAGAAUCUGGCAGUCACCUCGCUUCAUUUGUUCAUGGAAGAGAACCAGAUGUUACAUCUGCCAGAAGGGAUCAGCCCUGUAACGGUUCAGGUCGUCAUCAUUGCUGCACGGAUAAUCUGCCCUCACCUCCUCGAGUUUAAAAGAGAUGCCAGUGCCUUCUUCAGCCCCAAACUUCAGAAUGUUGAAGUGCUGGCAUAUCAGCUGGACAGAUACAUAAAGACCACCCAUAAUAUCUGUGAGAAGUUAGAGAAAAGCUCCUUCUGUGACUUUUGCCUGAAUAUGAACGACGAUACUCUGGUAGACCUCGAUGUGGAUUUGUCUGAAGAGGACACACAAAGGAUGCUUCAGCACAUUAUUCAGCUCGAGGAACUCAGGAUGAACCAGAGCUUCCGGAUGGCGUUCUUGUUUCAGGAGGAACCCUGCUCUGCCUUCAUCAAUGAGUUCAAAGAGCGACAGCCGAGGAUGCUCCAGUCACUAAUAGACCUGGAGCAGCAUGCUGUUCAGUUAGACCAGAUGAAUAAGGGAGCAAAGAUCUCCAGUGUGGCAGGCAGCUCAGUGGGGGCAGUAGGAGGUGUGCUUUCCAUUGUUGGUUUGGCUUUAAUUCCUGUAACAGCUGGAGUGUCUUUGGCUCUGACAAUGACCGGGGUAGGCAUGGGAGUUACGAGUGCAGUCAACAGUGCUGUCACCACUGGCACAGAGAUUGGAGUAAACCAUACAUAUCAAAGGAAAGCCAAAGAAGUUUUCAAGAGCUUCAUGGAGGAUGUGCAGUGUCUCCAAAAAUGUCUGGAGGAAGUCACCCAAAGGGAAACAAGCCAGAUAGAUGUUGCUCUCGGAGUUGGCAAGGUGAUAGCUAAAGUUGGUUUUAUUGGUAAAGGUGUCGAUUCACUUGUUGAUUUAGUCUCUGCUUUCAAGCUGUUAAAAAGUGAAGAGCUAGCUAUGACUGGUGCUAAAGUGGCAAUGCAGGAAGGGAAAGCUUUACUUAACGUUCCCAGGGUGGUGGCAGAUAUUCCAGAUAUUGGUCAGGCAGCAGUCAAAGGGCCUCUUGCCCUCUCCAAGUCAGCCAGGGCUGGUUUCAUCGGGCUCAAUGCUCUGUUCCUCGGCAUGGAUAUCUUCUUCAUCUGUAAAGACAGCAUUAGUCUGGCCAAAGGAAGCGAGACUGAAGUCUCACAGUUUAUCAGAGCCAGAGCAGCACUUCUGAGAUCAGAGGUAGAUUCAAUGCAGACGAUCCAUGACACCUUGUGCGAAGGUUUGAAAAUAUUCGAAGAAAACAAAGCUAUCCUGGAGACGCCAAUUUUUCCAGAGAGGGAGAUGAAGAAUCACUAAGAAGCCAAAGUACUACUAAACUAAGGGGGCUUUACAGACUGUACACAGACAACACGCUCUGUUGUUAGACCUGCACAAGGAACAACUCCACAAUUAACAUAAAAAUGAGAGAAAUGUCUGGGCGAACUACUGAAGAGGGAUUCUACUACGGACGGACAAAGGUGCAAAAGAGGUUGUGUAUACAGAAUAAAUGUAUAUUCUGUAAUCUGUAUGAUCUUUAUUAUGUGUAUGUCUAAUUCUGACAGUAUUUUCCCUUGCACAAAUUAAUCAAUAAAUUUUGAGACAGUUAAA